UUAUGAUGGAUGAUACUGUUUCCGUGGCAAAGGUAAAUUUGGAGUAAAAAAGGACGAGCUUUUUUUGGCUUGACCUAUAGUUCUAUUUUAUGCUACAUGUUCUAGUCGGAUACAAAUUACUAUAUUUUUAUUGUUUUUAAAACAAUACCUAAUGAAAAAGGUAUUUCCGUUCCUAAGUAAAAAGGAUAAUAUGAGUGCUCCAGGAAGGAGUGACAAAGUUCCUAGUUCAGAUAAAAGCGAGGUUACAAAAAGUAAUGAUUAUGAGAAUAAAGAUUCCGGAGGCUCAGCAACGGGAAAUCCGCGAAACAAAUGCGCACUAAAGCCAGGUCAUUCUCUCAUGGACUGGAUAAGGUUAGGAACGUCUGGUACAGAUUUAGCAGGUACAAAAGGUGUUAUCACUCCAAUAAGUAGCACAGAAUUAGCUAAACAUUGCAAUCAAAAUGAUGCUUGGAUGGCAAUUCGUGGAAAAGUAUAUAACGUCACCAAAUAUAUGGAUUUUCAUCCGGGAGGAGUCGAGGAGUUGAAAAGAGGAAUAGGGAAAGACGGAACUGCCUUAUUUAAUCAAGUUCACGCAUGGGUGAAUUAUGAGCAGUUGUUGGCGAAAUGCUUCAUUGGACCAUUACGAAAUAUAGUUCAAGUUGAUUUAGAACCAAUUAAACCUAGACAAAAAGCAACUACGCCAACACCUGACUGCACUGAAAAUCUGAACAGCAAAAAUUUAUUUAGUUGUGAUGAAAGCGAUAGUUUUAAGAAACCUAUAUUACCAUUACGUUUAAGCAAUUCUGAAAAAAAUUCACCGGUAAAAACUGUUAGUCCUGAAAAUAAUUUUAUAAUGAAUAACUUAACGGAUGCAAUAAGCGAGAAGCAACAGCAAAGAUCAUUAGCAGAAAUUGUGCCAAGAUUUGAUUGGAUACAAAAUACGUCCGACUUAACACUUAUUUUUUAUACCAGACCAUUCUCAAAUCCAGGUUUAGUUGUAUCAUACAAGACUUUUUCAGAAAUUAAUAUUCGUAUUUUCAUUGAAUUCGUAAUGCAUGAGUUUAGUGUAAAAUUUAAUAACGAUAUAAAAUGGCCAUGUAUAAUUAAAAUUUCCAAAGAAACUGGGAAAAUAGACAUCAUUUGCAAAAAAACUGAACCACAGUUGUGGACAAUUUAUGGAAAUUUAAAGCUUGAAAAUACUUAUAAAAAUAAUUACAAUUAUUCUGACAAAUACGAAUUUGAAAUAGAAAACUGUGAACAAAUUAAUCAUGAUUCGUUUGGAUUGAUAUUAAAAUCAAAUGAACAAGUGUCAAUUUUAACACCAGUUGGACAUCACCUCAGUUUAACCGCUUUAAUAAAUGGCGAUGAGGUGACAAGAAGUUACACUCCAGUGCCAUUAUUUUAUCUGCCGCAUAACAACUUAAAUGUGUCUUACAAAAUAGCUAUGCUUAUUAAAUCUUAUCCAAAAGGGACGCUAGCAAAGUUUAUUACAGAUCAAUCGCACAAUCAGCUCAAAGUUAAACUAUCAGCCCCAAAAGGAAAUUUUUCAUUACUUAAACUUUUGGAUCAUAAUCGUGUUGCCCUAUUAGCAGCAGGAAGUGGAAUUACACCAAUAUUAGGAUUAUUAGAACACCUCUUAGGUCGAAACAAUAAUAGAUUAGAGCAUAUAGAGUUAUUUAUUUUUAAUAAAACUCAAAAAGAUAUUUGGUGCAAAGAACAGUUGGAAACAAUUGCUUCACAGGAUGAAAGGAUAAACAUACGAUAUAUUUUAUCAGAUAGUGAUAAUAAUUGGAAUGGUGAAAAAGGAAGAAUUUCAGAAGAUUUGAUAGCUAUUCUCAAUGACAACACUAAAAACUCAUUUGUAACAUUUUGCUGUAUUUGUGGUCCUAGACCUUUUAACGAUUUAGCUUUAAAAUUUUUGACAACUGUUGGAUUUUCGACAGAACAACUUCAUUUUUUUCAGGGAUAAAAAAAGUUUAAUUUUUUAAAAAUGUAAAACAUAUUUAAGGAAUUUUUAAUAAUAU